AUGUCAUCCAUCUUAGAAGAUCAGAUUUUAAUGAAAGCUGAAGUUGAGGAAACGCCUUACAACAUAGUUGUGUCUUCUCAAGUUAAUGAUCUUGAUUACUCUUCAUCACGUUUAGAUGAAAUGAAUGUGGCAAGGAAGAAAUCCAAACUAACUGAUGUCGUACUCGACGUGGGUGGCACUGAGUUCCCGUGUCAUAAAGUAGUGCUGGCAACCAGCUGCACUUACUUUAAGGGUAUGUUCGACAGUGGUAUGAAGGAGUGCCAACAACGUAAAAUAUCCAUCAAAGCAAUUGAAGCCACUACAAUGGGAUCACUCCUUGAUUACUUUUACACCGGGAAAACCACUAUCACCAGUUGCAAUGUACAGAGUGUCCUAAGAGCUGCAAACUUUUUUCAAGUGUUGACUUUAAGGGAUAAAUGUGCCAAGUUUCUAAUAACCAACAUGAAUGCUGAGACGUGCCUUGAUAUUUGGCAGAUGAUGGUGUCACUUUCUCUUUCAUUCAGCGAACAGGCGAAAAUAUACGUAUUGGAUCAUUUCAAAUUGGUUUGUAAGCUACAACAGUUUUUAGAAUUAACACAGGAAGAGCUGAUAGAACUUAUAUCAGAUGAGCACCUUGCUAUUGAUAGAGAAAAUCAAGCCGGAUCAGCGGUGCUGGACUGGUUUCACUAUGACGAAGAUUCCAGGAGACAUUAUUUUGUUGAAAUAUUACAACAUGUCAGACUGGAAUUAAUCACUUCUUUAUAUUUAGUUAAACAAAUCGGCAAAGAACUGUCAAAAGUGACACCUAAAACCACUCUAGUUUCAAAACUUGAAGGCAGACUUACUUCAAGUGAUAGAACUUUCGAGAAUCAGAAACCGAGAGAAACAAACAAUGUAGUGUGUUUCAUUGGAGCUGUUCUUGAUGGUCAAAAGGCUGGAGAUAUCAAUUACUUCAAUCCAAUAAACAAUGCAUGGUCCCACUUGACAACUAACACCUCAUCAUUGAAAGGAAGUGCCGUGGUUUAUGACAACUCUAUCGUAACUAGGGUGUCAAAAGGUAUUCAUACAUUCAAUAUGGAUACGCGUGAGUGGAAUAUAGAAGUAGAUGAAUUGAUCGACGGUGAUCGUGAUGAAUUGAAGAUGAUAUUAGUCGAUGAAAGGAUAUACUUUAUUGGAGGCAGAUUCCAUGCUUAUGACUUGAAUAAAAAACGCGAAGUUUUAGUUGAGCCAAUGUUAAAGAAAGUAGAAGGGACGUGUGCAGUUGCUUAUGGUGGAAAAAUAUACGUUUUUGGCGGUAGAUACAUGCAUUAUAAAGAGACAGAGAUGAUCCAGUGUUAUGAUCCAAAUUCUGAUACGUGGAUGCAUGUUGGUGACUUACCAGAAGAGGUACCCAAGAAGGACACUGUGGCUGUUGUUUUUGACCAAUUUAUAUAUCUUUUCAAGGACGCCAGCACGAUCUAUGUCUAUGACCCAAAAAGGUACGAAUGGUUGCGUGCGAUUCCCGGAUUAGAGACCGACACUUAUCAUGGCCGGUACACAGCCACUGUUUGCAAUAAUAAGAUAUACAUUAUAAGUGGCAUAAUAUCUGUUUAUGACCCUAUUCACUUCAUCUACAUAUACACUUUAGACCCAUUUGAAGGUGUGCUGGAAUUGACUACUAAAAUUAAAGUUCCAUCACCGUACUCGUCAAUUUCAUUACGACCCGAUAAGCAUUGCGUCACUGUUAGGCUGCAAAGCUGA